GCAUACGUCGACCCCUCUAGUCUUCUGCAACAAUGGCUUCAGGAGAUAUUCAUGUGAAGGAGCUGGACAAGCGUGCCUCGGGACAAGCUUUUGAGGUCAUCCUUGGGAGUCCUGCUCCAGAUGCCAAGGCAGAGUUCCCGCUCUCUCCUCUGAAGAAGAAGGACCUUUCCUUGGAGGAGAUCCAGAGGAAACUAGCCGCUGCAGAAGAGAGACGCAAGUCUUAUGAAGCGGAGGUUCUGAAACACUUAGCAGAGAAGCGUGAGCAUGAGAAGGAGGUGCUUCAGAAAGCUCUAGAAGAAAACAACAACUUCAGCAAGAUGGCAGAAGAGAAACUGAACCAGAAGAUGGAAGCCAACAAAGAAAACCGUUCGGCCAUCAUGGCAGCCAUGAACGAGAAGUUCAAAGAGAAGGACAAGAAGCUGGAAGAGGUUCGAAAAAACAAAGAAAACAAAGAGGUCACCUGUGAAGAAAACUGAAAAAUGUACAAUUACAGGGGAUCCUGGUGGGGUUUUUUACAUUUCCAAAGAUUUUUUUUUUUUUUUUUUUUUUUUUUUUUUUUUUUUU